AUGGCCAUACCUCAGGCCACCAUAGUAGUUGCCAUAGAAGCUCAUGGUAACACUUCUCCUCUCUUCAUCUACCCAACAACAACCUCAACAACCAACACAAUGUGUGGCAGCUACUAUGGAGGCUGUGGCUACGGACGCUGUGGCUAUGGAGGCUGUGGCUACGGAGGCUAUGGCUACGGAGGCUGUGGCUAUGGAGGCUGUGGCUAUGGAGGCUAUGGCUACGGAGGCUUGGGCUGUGGCUAUGGCUCCAGCUAUGGCUGUGGCUUCCGCAGACUGGGCUGUGGCUAUGGCUGUGGCUCUGGCUGUGGCUACGGCUAUGGGUCCCGCUCCCUCUGUGGCUGUGGCUAUGGCUGUGGCUCUGGCUGUGGCUACGGCUAUGGGUCCCGCUCCCUCUGUGGCUGUGGCUAUGGCUGUGGCUCUGGCUGUGGCUACGGCUAUGGCUCCCGCUCCCUCUGUGGCUACGGAUGUGGCUCUGGAUGCAGCUCUGGCUUUGGCUGCUACUAA